CAAAGCACCCCAAAAGUUCAUAUCUAUGAGAAAAAUUAGAACAAUAGCCACAAUUGCUCUAGACCCAAGUUUAAGCCUCCAAAUUGGCAGGGACUCGACCCAACGUGGAGCUGUGGUGGAAGAAAUCGAAGGAUUAAUUAAAGUCGACAAAAACGGACAUGUGGAAAGACCUCAGAUGGUUCCACAUGUCUCUACUGCUCUGCCUUCGGAGCUCGGCGUGACAUCGAAGGAUGUUACAAUUGACAAGUUUACAAACAUCUGGGCGCGUUUUUACGUCCCCAAAUGCUCUUUUUCUGGAAGGCUCCCUUUGAUUGUCUACUUCCAUGGAGGCGGAUUUUGUGUCGGCUCUGCUGCUUGGAGCUGCUACCAUGAGUUUCUGGCGAAACUUGCAGCGAAAGCAAGCUGCAUAGUCAUGUCUGUUAACUAUCGAUUAGCACCGGAGAACCCUCUUCCGGUUGCUUAUGAAGAUGGGUUAAAAGCACUGCUGUGGGUAAAACAGGGGGCACAGAGUGGGUCUGGUGAAGAAUGGUGGCAGGGGAAGUGCAAUUUCUCUAACGUCUUCCUUGCCGGAGAUAGUGCUGGUGCCAAUAUAGCCCACAAUGUGGCUGCCAGAUCCAUUACACACUCCCUAAACCCAUUAAUUUUAAAGGGUACGAUUCUGAUUCAACCAUUCUUCGGAGGAGAGGCGCGUACAGAAUCGGAGAAGUACAUGGUGCAAUCUUCUCGGUCGGCCCUCACCCUAUCGGCCUCGGAUACAUAUUGGCGGCUAGCGUUGCCCGGUGGGGCUAACCGGGACCAUCCGUGGUGCAAUCCUCUGGCAAAGGGUUGGACGAAAUCGGAGGAGCAAAGGCUGCCGCCCGCCCUCGUGUGUGUGUCAGAAAUGGACAUACUGAAAGACAGGAACUUGGAGUUGUGUGCAGCGCUGGCCAAAGCUGGGAGAAGAGUGGAGCAUGUAGUGUAUAAAGGUGUAGGACAUGCGUUUCAGGUUCUGAGUAAGUCUCAGACCUCGCAGACUCGAACUCUCGAAAUGAUGGCUCACAUUAAGUCCUUUGUUUCCUCACUUUGUUAAACCUUUGAGUGCGAGCUGUAAAUUGGUAUAAUUAACGUCUCUAGCCCUAAGACUGAUGGUAAGCGUGCUUAGUGAAAGCUUUCUGUAUAUGUUAAAGCGGUAUUAUAUACAGUCAAUGUCAUUGAAGUUUGUAUGCUUAAUUUUUUAAAAUGCAUAGCUUUUUUUUUUAAACAUAAAAGGUUAUCUGUUUG